AUGGUAAACGAGACAAGUCAUCUUUCUGGAGACACUGAUCCUGUAAUUGACCAGUCGUGGCCUCUGAACUGCCCAGCUAGCAUCAGUCUUCCCCCUGACUCUGUCAAGUCCAAGACUUGUGUGGCGGCCCUGGAUAGUGUGGAUAGCCUCUCUUGGGGUGUCUUGAGCCUUCUCAAUCGGCUCUACAUGACUAGAGGUCUGGAUGUCCUGGGGCAGUCAAGGUCCGUGAUAAAAGCCAGCCCAGCUCCUCACUCUCUCGUCCACUUCUCUUGCCUCCAUCUCCUUGGGAGUCAGGUGCACCUCCAGCCCCAAGUCAUGUCCUGCUGUGAUCAGUGCCAGCCCUGCCAGCCCUGCGGCCCGACCCCGCUGGCCAACAGCUGCAACGAGCCCUGUGUCAGGCAGUGCCAGAACUCCACCGUUGUCAUCCAGCCCUCUCCCGUGGUGGUGACCCUGCCCGGCCCCAUCCUCAGCUCCUUCCCGCAGAACACCGUUGUGGGCUCCUCCACCUCUGCUGCUGUUGGCAGCAUCCUCAGCUGUGACGGAGUGCCCAUCAACUCCGGGUGCUGUGACCUCUCCUGCAUCACCAGCCGCUACUGUGGCAGAAGGUGCCCCCCCUGCUAAAGCCCCUGGUGACAGCCCGGACAAGGACCACCCCAAAACCAGCAGCUGAUGCUGAAGUGAGGACGGAGCUCCUGGCCAUUCAUUUCAGAGAGGCUGAACAUCCAGUGCUGCCCUUCCAAAGGAGGGCAGCGGAGGCCCUCUGAAAACAUGGCCAAAGUCUAAAGUCCCC